UCAUCGAAUAAUCAUCAUCAUCAGCAACAGCAUCACAAUCAUCCCCAGUCAAAUAAUCAUCAAAUGGCUACUUCAUCGUCAAAAUCAUAUAACGGUAACAACAAUUAUUCAUCAUCCUCUCAGACGAUAAUUCCUCCACCAGGAGCAUCUUCUUCUCAAUCUCAAUCUCCGAUCAAAAACUCAAAUAUAACAACACACAAUUUCCAUUUCCGAAAAGACUACGACUCCAAACACGAUUUUCGUGGAUCAGUUUUUCGACAUGUCCGCUCAAAAUCCGAUAUAAAUCAGUAUUCACACAACUCUCGCACAGCAACAUUAUCAACAACGGCGACGACGCUGCCGACGACAUCUGAUCAAAAGAAACAUAAUAGUGAUAUCAGUCCACUAAAAGCACUGACUGUGAAACUCUCAACAACUUAUCAUCGUGUUAAUCCCAAUUUUCGGUAUGAAAAUGCCCAGAAUCCGCGUCGGGUUCUAACUAAACCUUCAAAAGGUGUGAAGAACGAUGGGUAUGAUAAUGAGGACUCGGACUAUAUACUUUACGUGAAUGAUAUACUGGGCAAUGAGGAAGGACAAAAAUAUCGAAUACUGGAUAUUCUUGGUCAAGGAACUUUUGGUCAAGUGGUGAAAUGUCUUAACCUCAAGACAAAAGAAAUAGUUGCCGUAAAAGUAGUGAAGAACAAACCCGCAUAUUUUAAUCAAAGUAUGAUGGAGGUGGCAAUACUGCAGUUGUUGAAUCAACAAUGGGAUGCGCAAGAUGAGCAUCAUAUAUUGCGUCUGCGUGAUACUUUUAUACACAAGAAACAUUUAUGCUUGGUGUUUGAACUGUUGUCGGUGAAUCUGUAUGAGUUGAUCAAGCAGAAUCAAUUCCGUGGCCUUAGCACGAAUCUUGUGAGAGUAUUCACCGCGCAGUUAUUGGACUCUCUGACGGUUUUGAAUGAGGCACGGAUAAUUCAUUGCGAUUUAAAACCGGAAAAUGUAUUGUUAAAAAAUCUUGAGUCACCGACUAUUAAAGUAAUUGACUUUGGCUCUGCAUGUCACGAGCGUCAGACUGUAUACACAUAUAUUCAAUCUCGAUUUUAUCGAAGCCCUGAGGUUUUAUUGGGGUUACCAUAUUCAUCAUCAAUUGAUAUGUGGUCAUUGGGUUGUAUUGCCGUGGAAUUAUUUCUCGGGUUGCCUUUGUUUCCGGGCAGUUCAGAAUACAAUCAAGUAUCUCGUAUAGUGGAAAUGCUUGGUGUUCCACCUCCCUACAUGAUAGAAGUGGGAAAAACUGCGCAUGAUUACUUCGAACGUUACACCAACGAGCACGGUCAAAAAAAAUAUCGUCUAAAGUCGAUGGAGCAAUACAUGCGAGAACAUAAUUGCGUUGAACAACCCUCAAAAAAAUAUUUUUCUGCGACAACGCUUCCAGAAAUCAUUCAGGGUUAUCCUAUCACAAGGAAAGGGCUUUCCCAAAAGGACAUCGAUAAAGAAAUGCAAAACCGAUUAGCAUUUAUUGAUUUCGUUCAGGGAUUAUUGAAUUUGAAUCCGAUUGAACGUUGGUCCCCUCAACAGGCCAAAUUACAUCCUUUUAUUACAGGAGAAAAGUUCACAGGGAAAUUUAUUCCACCCAUGUUGCUUAAAUCUACAAAAACUAAUUCGGGACAAGUUAUUUCUUCGUUACCUGCAUCUCAUCAAAAUCCUUCCGUGCUUUUAUCCCCAAUAUCUUCGCAAUCGGUACACAAGACUCCGAAUUCUUCACCCAAAACUCCACACAGAAAACAAGUUUCAGAUAAUUUACAAAGUGGCAGCAACAGUAAUAUGCUAUCCUCCCAUAAUACCGGUCAUGUGACAUCUCAGCGUCACCCCACUCAAAAUGCCACAAAGACAAUAUCAUCUUCCUCCUCAUCAACUUUGACCACAAAAUCGAUCGGUUCAAUAAAUCGACCCCGAGCAAGCACAAUUGGAAAUGUUCAAGUACCACCUCAAAUACAACGCGCCGCGGCUCUAGUAUCUCCCGGGAGAGCACCACGAGAAAAAGAUCCUAGACGAUUACCUCAGCAUUAUCCACACUUAAAUUUCUUGAAUGAGGAUGUGUCUUCAGAAAACAGUCCUUUCUCGGUAGUUGUGGAUAGUGAUGAUAGACGUGAUAUUGAGAGCAAUAAUAGUGGAGGUUUUGGAAUACGCAUCAAUGAAGAAUGGCUGGAGAUGAAAGGUACUCGACUUUGGGAUGAUCGAUAUCGUAGUAGCAGAGAUGAACAACAGCAAUAUCGAGAAGAACUUUAUCAUCAAAUUAGGACAUCCUCAUCUAAUGAUGCUUCGAUAAAAAGAGGGGGAGAAGGACAAAAUAUAGUAAUCAACAAUAACGAAAAGAGGCUUCGUGGAGAUGGCGGAAUGCAAAUGCCCGGAUCUUUACCGAACGGUGUAUUUGAUGAUAGUAUUAUUGGUGGCGAUGCAAAUGUUUUGCCACUUCAUUUAUCUCCUGCUCCUUUAAGAAAUUUUAGGAAUUCCCCAAAUAAUUACACGUCACCAAAUUCAUCCCCGUAUCAAAAUCAUGCACAAGGACAGCUUCAUCUAUUACCGCUUCCCCCAAAUAUGAAUUAUCAGCAAAAUUUUCGUGAGAAACAUCAUCAUCAUCGAUAUAGCACAAAUAGCGUUGGCAAUGUUUAG